AUGGACUUUCUUAAGUCUGCUGUCGCCUCGGCGAUGGCCAAGGGGAGUUCUCUCCCCUUUUCGCUUGGAGAUCGUGUCGACAUAGACAGUUCAUUAUGGACGCUACACAAUGCGACGAAGCGGGACGACGGAUCCAAUUGCACCGUUUUCACAUUCGAUAUCAACGCAAACAAAUCCCGCCUUUCUCUCGCCAAAAAUGCGAUGCGCAAGUUUAGGACGUUAAGACAUCCUGGCGUACUACGAGUAAUAGAUACGAUCGAAACGGAAUCGCAUAUUUAUAUCGUGACUGAAAGAGUGAUGCCCCUUUCCUGGAUAGUGAAACGCAAGAGUAUAAAUGAGGAGACGGCGAAAUGGGGGUUAUAUACUGUAGCUUCGACUCUCAAGUUUAUCAACGCAGACGCUUCUUCUGUGCACGGUGCGAUUCGAGUAUCUUCUAUAUACACAAGUGAGAGUGGAGAAUGGAGAUUAGGAGGAUUCGAUAUCUUGAGUUCUAUGAACGAUGAUGAUGCUGUCAUCUACACAUACGGCAGCCUAGUACCCGAUUCAGCGCGUUACGCUCCCCCGGAAAUCAACAAAGGAGGAUGGGAGAUUAUCAAGCGGAAUCCACUGGCCGCCGUGGAUUCAUAUGGACUAGGAAUAUUAGUGUAUGAAGUGUUUAAUGGUAACUUCACAAGCCCUGACCAGGUCGGAAAGACGACCAAUAUACCACCCAGUAUGCACCAAAGUUACCGAAGAUUGUGUGCCGCCAACCCUAAACUGCGACUAAGCGCUGCCAAUUUUGUUGAGCAGGGAAAGAAGAUUGGCGGUUUCUUCGAGACGCCUCUGAUUCGGUUAACUGAUGAUAUUGAGAGUUUGGGAUUGAAGGAUGAUGCGGAGCGAGAAGAGUUUCUUAAUGAACUGGACGCGAUUUCCGAAGACUUUCCUGAAGAUUUCUUCAAGAUGAAAAUAUUGCCCGAACUCUUGAAAUCAGUCGAGUUUGGUGGUGGCGGCCCAAAGGCUCUCACUGCCGUGGUCAAGAUAGGAACUAAGCUCACAGACGAUGAAUAUUCAUCGAGAUUAACUCCCGUCAUUGUUCGAUUGUUUGCAAAUCCGGACCGCGCUAUGAGGGUUAGUUUACUGGACAACCUGCCCCUGAUAAUUGAUCGUCUACCACAGAAACUUGUCACUGAUAAGAUCUUUCCACAAAUGACCUCUGGUUUCACCGAUGUUGCACCUGUUGUCCGAGAGCAAACGGUCAAAGCCGUUUUGACGGUUAUUGGCAAGUUGUCCGACAGAGUGAUUAAUGGCGAGCUCCUUCGAUUCUUGGCUCGUACUGCCAACGAUGAACAGCCUGGUAUCCGAACAAAUACAACAAUCUGUCUUGGAAAGAUUGCGAAGAACCUUUCGCCAGGUACAAGGUCAAAGGUGCUCAUAGCAGCAUUCUCGCGCUCAGUGCGUGACCCUUUCGUGCACGCACGAAAUGCAGGAUUAUUGGCUUUUGCAGCAACGAUAGAUUCGUUUUCAGAGGAUGACUGCGCUAGUAAAAUCAUGCCAGCCCUGUGUCCUGCAUUACUUGAUAAAGAAAAACUUAUUCGAGAUCAAGCAAACAAAACUCUCGAUUUAUAUCUACAACGAGUGCGGAAACAUGGCAGUACCAUGGCUGACACUGUAUUACCACCGCCGAAUACUGUUGAUCCAGCUUCAACGAACAAUCCCAAUGCUGCGCGAAUUGGAACUUCUAAUGAUACUUCAUGGGCCGGAUGGGCAAUCUCUUCAUUCACCAAUAAACUUACCGCUGCAAAGGGCGAAAUAGAACCGACCAGCACACUUACGACUACCGAGUUGACCCGACCAUCCUCCGUACCUCAACCUUCAAUAACUCCUUCUAUGACUGAACCCGCAAGACAUGCAGCCUCAACAUUACGCGCUGAAGCUCCCGCAUUAGCACGAGCAACUUCAGACACAGCCGCACAAACAACAACCGACACCCUAAAACCAUUAGACGAUGACGACGGCGACUGGGGCGCCGAUGCCUGGGACCAAGGGGACGAAACCGCUACAAAGGCCGAUGAGGAUCAAUUCUUCGACGCUGGAAGUAGUCCAGCUCCAACAUCGCCAGCUACCACCUCCAUUUCGGCGGCAGUACCUUAUGAUGACGGCGGCGAGCCGGAUUUCGCAGGUUGGUUGGCGGCGCAGUCGAAAGCGAAGGCUAAGAAGCCGUUACCGAAGGGAUUGGGUGAUAGUAAGAUGAGUACGGCGAAACAACAAGUCCCCAUUCGGUCGGCGCCUGUUUCGCGGUCAGCGUCGUCGAGGCCUUCUCCUAAACCUGCAAAGGUUAUUGAUACGACGCCGAAGGAUGAAGGGGAGGAAGAUGGUUGGGGGGAUGCAUGGUAG